CGUAGUGCUACCAGGGCAACAGACGACGCAGAAGGUAACGAGGGAUCGAAAACUAUAACUAUUAGCAGGCAGAUCCGCAGUACACAACAGUUAAAGGUUGACCAAAGUAUCAAAGAUGGCUUGCAGAAAUCCCAAUUUUUCAACUCAGCACCAGAACUUUCUAACUGAGUCGUACAACAAGGAAAGAGAUGCACGCCUGAAAUGGCAUUUCAAGUGUGAGAAGUCUGAGUCGAAGAAGCCCAAACAGUUCGAUGUUUUCAGACGUAAAAUCGAAGAAGGAUCCAAACCAUCCGAGGCAUUACUACAGAGGUUGCCAACAAUUGUAGGUGAGACUCGAUAUAAUAAGAAGAAAGCUAAUCUAGUGGACAUGAUGGCAGAACGUGCAACCACCUCUUUGAACCCUGGAGCAGAAAUGAGACCUGUUACACCCAAAACAAAAUCAGGCCUGUAUGAUGGGUUUACAAAAGAAGGGAGGGGUCGGUACCAGUACUUGGAGAAGAGAUAUAAGAAGAUUCCUGAACAAAAGUACGAUUUUCCCCUUCUCAGCUCAUGGGAAUACGGAUGGAGACUUGGAGAUGUGAUAAAGAAAGAGGAAAUUAAGAAACCAGCCCAUGGUCGCACAAAAAUUGUGGCAGACACAUUUUACACAAGGAAUGGAAUUUCCAGAGAUACCUCACUGAAAGCUUAGAUAUCAAAAUGUAUAUACUUGUGAGAUUAAGCAUCUCAUAUGUUUAUUCAUUAACUCAGAUGGUAAUAUUUUGCUCAGUGAAAUGAUAUAUCUUUGGAAUCAGAUUCUUCCAAGGUGAUUGGAUUUCUUGGAUGGACAUGGCACAAUCAAUAUUGUUAAUGUUUUAUUUCACCACAAAAACAUUUGUGAACUAUCCUUGUUUUGAACUCCACGGUGAAUCAACUUUCAUCAAAGUUAUAGUGAAAUGGUGUUUUAUUUUGAGUUAAUUUGAUGUGGGUUUUUCAUUAACAUAAUGAGAAGUGUGUACACAAACUACUGAAUAUACUGAUUUGUAUAAUUGCAGAAGACUGUUUCAUCUGUCCUAAUGAAUCACAGGUGUCCUCUUGUGUAUGCUGCCUUCUUUGUUAAUCAAGUAUUCAUUGCCACUGUUAAACACUGAUUACGUCAAGGUAUCACACUUUGAAAUUGAAUGAUCAAAUGGCCAUAUUUGGACAUAACUGUUGUGUGUAACAGGCAGCCAUUUUCUGUUGCAGAAGGUCAUGGAAGGUUUGUGGUUGCGAUUGUGGUUUGUAACAAAGAUGAAAAUUCUGCAUUGUCAAUUAUGAUGCAGGUAUAGUGUUCAUUUGUAUUUGUCACAUUUUCAAAUUACCUGUAAGGACAGUUUUGCUUAUAUCAUUUGUUCUGAUAAUCACCAUAGAAGACUGUGAAAUUUACAAAAUUUACGUUUCCAUGUUCUGGGAUUGUUGUAGCAAGAAUUAUUGUGUUGGGAGGUUGUUUCUAAACUAAUAUAGUGGGAAUUCUCUUGUUUGCUCAAACUGUGUGCCUAUAUGUAUUUAGUUUGCAAUAUAUGUUGCUGUUAAAACUCAAAGAAUCUGUGAUUACAUAGUGUGAUAAUGUUCUAUUUAUGGUUUGUUAUCACCUCUUCAUUAUUUUAUGUACAUAUAUGUUUGACAAGGUUAUUUGAUGAGAUCUGACUGACAUAGAACUGACUGGUUGUCAGACAAAUUCUGCACAACUAUUUAGAUCAUUUUAUUUUUUCACCUCUGUAUCAAUUAUAAUGGUGCACAAUUUAGUAUGAUGUUAUAUUUUGUACAUCAAGGUAUUGCUUGACAUAUCAAGCCUUUUUUGCUCACCGGAGAAGGUGCUUGUUGCAACACAUGCAUCAUGUGUAACAAGGGUUACCUGGUCUUUAUUUUAUAUUUGUAUUGGAUGAUCUGAUAUACACUAUUGCACAUGAUUAGCUAAGCUUACAUUUUUAAGAAAACAGUGAACAAGAAUUGUAAAUAAACAAAUGUACUAGCUUG